AUGUAUGCGAUACGGUCUGCACUGCGAGCAUCGACAGGACGAGCUCCAGCACGAUUCAUCCGCGGCCGCCGCUACCCAUCGAUACCACGCAUACGCUCCCUUCACACCACACGCGUACUCGCAUUCGCGUCAACGCCGCCCUCGGGCCCAGACAGCACACCCAUCGGCGAAAAUGGCGCCGACAAGGCCGACCGCGACAAGGCGGCAACCGAGGAGCAGCAGGCCGAGGCUGAGAUAGCAAACGAGGACCCAGACCUCCUGGCGCAGAAGGUCCAGCGCUCACGCGAAACCACGCGGCGCUACCUGGCAGCCCAGCGCCGACAGCAGAGGGGGCGAAAGUCGCAGGGCCUACCCCCAGUCACCAUCCCGGACUGGUUCCUCAAGAGACGCGUCCUCCGGCGCGAAGAUGUCCCCGCAGAGCUACAGCAGCACAUCACCCCCAAGGCGCUGUCCAUCUCCAUCACACACGGCGAGUCAGGUGAGAGCGCGACCUGCUCAAUACCCGCCUCCAAAGACUUGGAUGCUGUCAAGGUCCUGGCCCGGCUGGUUCGCGGCCUAUGGGGGCGCCGCCUGGAUGACCAGGAAAAGCGCAAGAUCGAACAGUACCUGGAGGACAGAAUCACCGUCGAGCCCGAGUCGAGCGCCGACGCGGAGCUAGGCCCCAUUGGCAACAAGGCAAACUCUAUGGGCGCGGAAGAGCUUCGCAUGAGGUUGGAGCUACGUGAGCAGCUCUUUAGCGCUGCCGAGGAGCUGAAGGCGGAUUCCACCAAGCCGCUCGCCGAUCGAGUGAACGAGUUGAACAGCAAGACCCAGCGCUACAUGCUGAAGAGGGAGCAUGCCAAGUCACGAUCGUCACGCGGUUCCAAGCGCCUCUCGCCUGUUGUACUCGCCGAAGUUCGUGCCAGCAUCGCAGCGUCGUUGUCUGCAUUGCGCCCGUCCACCGGCAACACAUUUCCCGCCACCAAGACAAAUCUGAUCCUCCAUUCGCCAGUGCCUGAUCACGAGCUGCUGAUAGGUGGCGCCGUGGAGGCCAUCGCUCUGGAGAUGGAUUCGGAGUUGGUUGUGCUGCGAGCCAACGACCUUGCUCAGCUGGCAGGUGACUAUCUUGGAGAAGGCGCAGAGCCAUCACCACGCUCGAUACGCUCGCUCGGCUACGAAACCUACCGCCUGAGCUCUGAGCUGGCCAAUGCCUUUGAAGACAUGGAGAAGGACGAUGGGGCUGAGGAAGACCUCGAGUCCGCUCAGUCUUCAUCGAUGGAACAACCAGAAAAACCGAGGAUGGGCGCAUUUCCCCUCAUCCUACCUCUAUCUGCUCUUGCUUCGAUCAAGGAGCUAUCAAACAAGUUCAAAGCCGGGCAGUCCACUUCCUCGAAUCCAUUCGACACGUCAGCCAAUGCACUCGGCGACGAGCCAAGUCGCGUACAGAGCCAGAGCGAGAUACAACUCGAAGAUUUGAAGCUCGCAACCCUUCUUGAUGCCCUUAUUGAUGCCAGUGAGCUGAAGCAGAGUCGUGGCAUAGUCGGCAAUGAAGGAUAUGAGUUGCGAUCGUCCCUAGGAGACAGCUCAAAGAAGCGGAGAAAGAGCGAUCCCCAUUUCUUCGACUACUCUGUGAGCUCGGAAGGCAUACCACUUGAACUCGACUCUGCCCUUCCAGCGGCUGCAAGACCUGGAAUGAGCAUGUCCCUAGACGUCGGCUCAGUCCCAGCAGCGACGCAAGUGCCGAAAAAGUCAAAGAUCAUCUACGUCAGAGACUUCAAAGAGCUCAACGCUACGCAUUACGGCGGUCGCAUCAUCCAGAAGCUUGAGGAGCUUGUCCGGAAAAGACGCAGCGCUGGCGAGAGCAUCAUGAUUGUUGGAAGCACGUGCUCCCUGGAGCUCACUCCUGACCUCUCGGCUAGCGGUGUCCACGGCUUACAGUCUGAAGGAGAGAGCAGCUUUUUCAGGACCAUUGUUGUGGCAGCGGAUUCAGACAAAACAUCUUUGUUGGAAGAGUCCAACGCCAUGUCAAAGGGCGAGGUUGGGUCGGCGAUCCUAUCGCCAAAAGAGAGGGGCAAGUUCUGCGGGAUUAACAUGCUUCACACCCAGGAUAUGCUUCGUUCGUUGGACCCUGUGGCAGCUGCACGCAUUUCUGACAUGGAACUGACCAUACAGCACCACCGCAAUUUUGCUGCCAUCAUACCAGAGGCAUACCUCAACCGAGUGCUGACCUACGAUGAGGUACACAGAAUAGCCUUGACAGCUCUUGGGUUGCAUGUUACGAAUCCGGCUGGGCUCACAGAGCACGUUAUCGAACAAGGCCAGGUGAACUGGGCACACGUCGCGCUUGCGAUGGGGCUGUUGAAGACGAGUGACACCGCCAAAUACCUCUCCUUUGACAAAACAUUACAAAAGCAGCAGCCUCGGCAGGAUCUUGGCCCAGAAGCUGAAGCCCACGUACAAGCAAAGAAACGACACAGCGAGGCUGAUUUGCAGCGUCAACGCGAUCUCCAACGUAUCACCGCCUCUGCGACCAAGCACGAGAAGCGGCUGAUAUCUGGCAUCGCAAAUCCCGAUCAAAUCAAGACAACGUUCGACCAAGUUCAUGUGCCGAAGGAGACAGUUGACUCGAUCCGAACCAUCACCUCUCUGUCCCUUCUCCGCCCUGAUGCAUUCAAUUACGGUAUCCUCGCCACAGAAAAGAUCUCUGGCGCGCUGCUCUACGGGCCUCCAGGAACCGGCAAAACACUGCUCGCAAAGGCCGUUGCCAAAGAGUCCGGCAGCACUGUGCUCGAAGUGUCUGGCUCACAAAUCAUGGACAAAUACGUGGGUGAGGGCGAGAAGAACGUCGCCGCGAUAUUCUCUUUGGCAAGAAAACUGUCACCAUGUAUUGUGUUCUUGGAUGAAGCGGACGCUGUCUUCGCAAGCAGAGACGCCAUGCGCGAGCGGACAAGCCACCGUGACAUACUCAACCAGUUCCUCAAAGAGUGGGAUGGUCUGAACGACCUGAGUGUCUUCGUCAUGGUGGCAACGAACAGGCCAUUCGACCUUGACGAUGCUGUUAUAAGACGUCUGCCGCGCCGUUUGCUCGUCGAUCUCCCUACGCAGGCCGACAGGAAAGCGAUUCUGCGCAUUCACCUCAAGGGCGAACAACUAGACUCCACAGUCGACCUCGAAGACCUAGCAAAACGCACCCCCUUCUACAGCGGCAGCGAUCUGAAAAACGUCGCCGUCUCCGCCGCGCUCGCCUGCGUCAAAGAAGAAAACGAAGUCGCUGCCAAAGCUGCCGCGGAAGCCACCCUCACGACCCCACUACCCGAGGAGAGCAGAACAACAGAGCCCGGUAGCAAAGACGACGCGACAACCCCAGCCUUCCUGCACCACACCGAAAGGCCCCCCUCGCCACCCCCCACGCCCUCUUUCCCCACCCCACCAACCUCCGACCCCAUCCCCUCAUCAUCCGCAACACCAACGCCUAGCCACCUCGUGCGCGGCAUAAAUUACAACUUCCCCGCCAUCCGCACCCUCUUGCCGCGCCACUUUGACGCCGCGCUGCAGGAGAUCAGCGCAUCGAUCAGCGAGGACAUGUCAAGUUUAUCUGCUAUUAAGAAGUUCGACGAGCAAUUUGGCGAUAAGAAGGGCAAGAAAGGAAAGAAGGGAUUCGGAUUCGGCGAGAACAUGGGGAAGCGGGACGAGAAUGCCGCGCGUGUACGGGGGUAG